AUUUUAUAUUAAUUAUAACCAAUGUUUAAAUUCGAUUACUUUUAAAAUAGUUAUACAUCUAUACAUCAUAGUCAUAUUUUAACUUUUGUUUUAAUAAUUUAACUAAAUUUCAUAUUAUGAAUGAAACGAAAAUGUUAGGUUUAUCAUUUAAUGUACAGAAAUUGAAAUUUCAGGAUAAUGUCUCUAUUGGUGGUAAAAUAACAGCGAAUGUUAAAUUUUUGAAUUUCAAGGAACAGAGAAUAUUUGAACCAGUGAUUCCUUCUUCGAAUCCAAUGUUUUUGUAUACCGGUAGACUAUUUACAUUUGGUAUAAGUCGUAACAUGAAAUCUGAAUUGUAUAAAGAGUUCAUUGUGCACGUAAAUCUACAUCAAACUGACCCAGACAAAAAACUAACAGAAGCUGCGGUAGAUAUCACUAACAUUUUCCGCGAUAUGUUUUGUAAAGACCCUACACCAGAUAAUAUACCAACUCAGGUGAAAACCAUUAUACGAUUCAAUGAUGACAAUUCUAAACAUAUGGCCACUAUGGACAUUCUUAUCAGUAUUAUUCCAGAUGGAUUGCACCCAGUCGCUCAAUUGCCUUUAGAUGUAGACAUGAAUAGUCAGUUUAUUAAUACAACGAACGAAUGUCAUGUAUGUCCAAACAUAUCAGAUCUUAAAUGUACUGAUGAUAACGAGCACAGUGAUGAAGGUGAAUGGGAUAUGAUUAGAGCGGAACUCAAAAAUAAACAUUCAAUUGCUAUUAAAUAUAAAAGGAAUUAUUAUUCGUUUCAACCAACGCAACCUGAAGAACAUUGCGAAGCAGAAGAAGAUCGCACCACUAAAAGCGAAGAAAAACUUAAUUGCCAUAUGCUCGACUUACUCUCAGAUAUGCAUACACUAAUAUCAAAAAAUCCAAAAAACAAGAAUUAAAAUCAUUAAGAUUUAAAGAAAAUAUACUAUACAAGUUUAAUACAUAACUAUACAAAUGGUUUUUAUGAAAUAGCAAUGUAUAUAUAAAUAUAUAACCUUGAUGUAGUAUAUCUGUGUAUGAAAUAAUUAAGAUCAAGACUGCAGGUUAUACAUUAAAUAAAAAUGUACCUAUUA